CUAAGGUCGCUUCCUAACCACAACCAUAUAAGUAAGCCUAGAUCAGCCUAGCUGGCUCUCCUCUCGCCCUUCGGUCACAGAUGUCAUGGUCACAAGAGAGAGAACAGGAUAAAUUGGUUUGGCUGCCAUCUUGGCUGAAGUUGCUAAGUCCAAUCCUCUGGGAGCUGAGAGAAAAGGCAAUUAUCCAAAUGCCAAACUGGAUUCAUGGAGCGAGUGAACAACGUGACAGAAUUCAUUCUGCUUGGCCUGACUCAGAACCCAGAUGUGCAGAAACUGCUGUUCAGUGUGUUUACAGUCAUCUACUCUUUCACCCUGGUAGGCAACCUACUCAUUGUAGUGACAAUCACCUCAAGCCCAGCCCUGGGCUCCCCCAUGUAUUUUUUCCUAUCUUUCUUGUCCUUCAUAGAUGGCUGUUGCUCUUCUACUGUGGCCCCCAAGAUGAUAUUUGACCUACUAACUGAAAAGAAAACUAUCUCCUUCAGUAGUUGCAUGAUUCAGCUCUUUGCAGGACAUUUCUUUGGUGGAGUUGAGACCAUCCUGCUCACAGUGAUGGCCUAUGACCGCUAUGUGGCCAUCUGCAAGCCCCUACACUACAUGAUCACAAUGAACAGGCGGGUAUGUGGCCUUCUGGUGGCUGUGGCCUGGGCUGGGGGCUUUCUUCAUGCUCUGAUUCAAAUUCUUUUUAUGGUCUGGUUGCCCUUCUGUGGUCCCAAUGUCAUUGACCAUUUCAUCUGUGACCUUCUCCCUCUGCUACAACUCUCCUGCACUGACACUCACAUAUUGGGACUCUUUGUUGCUGCCAACAGUGGACUGAUGUGUAUGCUCAUUUUUUCUAUUCUUAUCAUCUCCUACAUCCUCAUCCUUUGCUCACUAAAGACUCAUAGCACGGAAGGACAGCGGAAAGCUCUCUCCACCUGUGCCUCCCAUGUUACUGUAGUCAUCCUAUUCUUUGUGCCCUGCAUAUUUGUGUACCUUCGGCCCAUGAUCACCUUCCCCAUUGACAAAGCAGUGGCUGUGUUUUACACUGUGGUGACACCCAUGUUGAACCCUUUAAUCUAUACCCUCAGAAAUGCAGAAGUGAAAAAUGCCAUGAGGAAGCUCUGCAGCCAAAAAAUAAUCUUCAGUAACAAUUCCUGUGAAUAGAGAAGAUAAAAACAAAAUCUAUUCAUAUUUUAACAAGUGUGACUAAUGGAAAGGAUAGUGGUCCUAAAGUCAGAAAAUGUGAGCUUAAGUAAAUU